UGUCAAAUGUGUCAACUACUGCAAUGACAAAAUCUUUUGUUUUUAAAAAUAAAAUCAGUGAUCAGAACAACACUUUUACUAGUGCAAUCAUUAUUUAUCAAUUUAAUUAAGAAUAUUUGUGAUAUUUGACAAAUUACGUAUUUAUAAAUGUAAAUAUCUCAAUCUAUAUUCAAUUAAGACCAGUUGUAGAAACGAAACAGUAAAAUGUUAACGUGCAAAAUAGUGUCUUCGCGGACUGUGGAGGGCGUCGACAAAGAAAAAAAAUUUGUAGCUUACAUGCUACAAGUCAGACAGGACUCCGCCGAUACACUGGUAUUUGAUCGUGAUCCUGCUAAUGUAGAAAGAAGAUACACCCACUUUUUAGAUUUAUACAAUGGGCUAAGAAAAGAGCAUCCAACUUUGAUGAACAAUGUAUCAUUUCCGCGGAAGAUAGUCGUCGGCAAUUUUGAUCCAAACUUAAUAUCAACCAGAUGUGCAGCUUUUGAAUCACUCCUGAAUAUAGUAGCCAGUGAGUCACGGUUAAGGGAUUCCCCUGCAGCUAUUGCAUUCUUUCAGAAUGCUGAAUUGAAGGAUGCUAGGCGACUAAUCGAAGAGGGAAAGUUUGAUCAAGCUUUAUCUAUAUUAGAGACAAGUUUUAAGUUAUUGAAUAAGGUAUACACAGACAGAUCUCGGGUUGUGUUGAGUGUUCUAUGUAGGAUAGUGGCAUGUGCUGGCGCCAGCGGUGGGGCACUGGCCGGACCGGUGGAAAAGUGGGCUCAGCUAGCACUGAGGAGAUACGAAGCAGUCAGUGACUCUGAUCUUUUAAUCAUUUAUGCACCACUUUUGCACACAUGCAUUUCUAUAUGGGAAACAUUGGGUCGUGACAAGUCGAGGUUGGUUGAGGAAUUGAACUCCCUUCGCAAAAGAGGAAUGAAAGUGGACUCAGUACCUAGUCUUAUGGAUGCCGUGGACGAAUUGGACACAAGCAUUUAAUAUUGUUCCUUUUUAAAGGAAACAUGCUUUAAUUCAUGAGGUUUUUAGACAACAUCUCACUGGUGCGUAUUUUACUGUAAACAAAUCUUUUAACUAAAUUAACCAGUUCAAAAGUAUAUUAUCUUUUAUCUCAAGUUCUGUUAAAUGGACCCAGGAACUGUCAAUUUGGUUCAGAGAUAUGUGUUUAACAAAAUAGGCACGAAUACAACAACCUCUAUGUACUACACACUAGAAUAGGUUAUUCCGAACAAAAAUUGUAUAUAUCGUUUUUGAUAAUUGUAUUUAAAGUUAUUUAAAUACUAGAGGAUAUGUCAAUUACAGGGACGCAAGCUACCUCGGUACCUUUUAUAGAAAUCGAUUAA